AUGGACUCUAUUGCUCUUCAAUUACAUGUCCAUAAAGAAGCAGAUAAUGAUAAAAGAUUGAGCAAUAUUUCAAAGUCUGUCGUAAACAUGGUGGCAUGCUCUAACUGGAAAAAAGUUAUAAAGGUGUUGUAUGGAGAAGUGGAUUCUGCUGACAAAGUGCACCAGCUCGACCAUGUGCAUGGGUUCAAGUAUCUUUCUGAUUAUAACAGGACUGAAAUACAGGAACGACUUGAAACUUAUUAUAAAUUUAUGUUCGUUCGAAAUCCCGUAGAACGCGCGCUGUCCGUGUAUAGGAACAAAUUCAAUGAAAUUGAAGCGUUUCAUAAACUUUAUGGAAGCAAAAUCUCCAGCAUGUAUCAUCAACCAGAACAAUACCGUGGAAAAUUUCCUGGUGAUGAUGUUACGUUUGUUGAUUUUUUAAAAUAUAUUUCAACUGGUAUUGAUGAAACUGAUAUGAAUGAACAUUGGAUGCCAAUGUCCACGUUAUGUCAGCCUUGUGCAAUUUCCUAUGAUUUUAUUGGAACAUAUAACAACAUAGAAGAAGAGGCAGAGAUUGUUCUUCGAGCAAUAAACGCCCCAAAAAAUCUUCAUUUUCCUCACCGUCAGCCUUGGUACAAGCCUACCUCACAUAACUACAUUCAGCAUUACUUCUCGUUGAUACAACCUUCACUAUUCCGACAAUUUGUUGAGAAAUACAUAACUGAUUUCAAAAUGUUCUCAUAUCCCUUGCCAAGCAACCUGACAUCAGUUAUUAACCAUACAGUUUCCAAAAGCCAUUACUGA